UAAAUAAAUCACAUGCUCUCUUAUUCCACUGAUGACAUCACGGAUGACAUCACAGUAGCAUUCCAAGCUGUACUGUCAUAUGAUGCACCUCAGAGGCUCAUAACAGCAGUAGUUGAGAAAGGAUUAUCAGUGUUGCCUGGGUACUAGCGAACAAAUACCAGUUUUUUAGGUCAGCAGAUAACUGUACAGUUCAGAUGGCUCAAGGUGACGGCAACAUCGCUGAAGAUGUCGUUCAGGAUUUCGAAUUGUUGGUAGAUUAUGUGAUUCAUGCUGCAAUUGUAGAUGGUAAUAUCCAGAUGGAUCUUCCAGAUAUACGCAUUCCACUUCGUUUAACUCCUACCAGGACAAGUAUUGAUAUUGGGUUGGUUCGAAGGUCUCUAAAUGUACUUGGUCAGUAUUCCCUGACACCUGGUCCUGAAUACAAUCCAUUGCUCUCCAUGCUGGCCUGGAAUGCAGAUCACUGGUCUGUCACUUUGCACGCAUCAGGUGACUCUAUGGAAAUUGCAUUUUAUCCAGUGUAUAUUAAUAGCCAACCGGCAGAACGUGUGGAGACACCAACGAGUGAGUCCAGCACCGAUGAUGAACAGCCUGGACCAUCUCAACAGAUCAACAACAGCUCUGAGAUUGGAUCUGGAGAAUCACAUAUGGAUGGGUCCAGCACAGAUGACGAACAGCCUGGACCUUCUCACCAGCACAACAACCGUGAGAUCAGAUCUGGAGGCUGCACAACACCUUCUGACCAAAGCUCAGGCAGCCAGGUUGAGAUGAGACAGGGUGUUAAAAGAAGAAGAAACACUUCUGGCAGUUCAAAGAGUAGAGAACGGAAAAGGAAGAGAUCAGACCACCACUCUGACUCUGAUUCUGAUUCUUCAAGUUUUUCACUCUUCUCAGGCAUUUCUUCUCCAGGAUCACUUGGAGAAACAUCCAGAGAUGAUGAACAGCCUGGACCUUCUCAUCGGGCCAACAACAGAUCUGAGAUCAGAACCACAGGAUCCAGAACACCUUCUGUCCAAAGCUCAGGCAGUCAAGUUGCGAUGACACAGGGUGUUAAAAGAAAAAGAAAGACAUCUGACAGGUCAGAAAGCAGAGAAUGGAAAAAGAAGAAAUCACAUUUUGAUUCAGAUAAUGAUCAACCUGGACCUUCUCACAGAGACAACAGUGAGGCCAGAGCUGUAGGAUCAUCUAUGGAUGGGUCCAGCAGAGAUGAAGAACAGCCUGGACCUUCUCACCUGGUCAACAGUAGAUCUGAGAUCAGAUCCGGAGGCUCCACAACACCUGCUGACCAAAGCUCAGGCAGUCAGGUUGAGAUGAGACAGGGUGUUAAAAGAAAAAGAAAGACGUCUGGCAGUUCAAAGAGUAGAGAACGGAAAAGGAAGAGAUCAGACCACCACUCUGACUCUGAUUCUUGUUAGCACACCCACAUCACAUGCCGGAGACGUCGGUUCGAAUCCCACUCGAAACAGGUGGAGUAGGACCGGUUACAUUUGGUGAACCGGAUGGGAGUGGGGUUAAGGAGGAUUGGCAAGCUAUUAAGCCACUCUUUGCAUCCUGUGAUGGAACAGCAUCUGGAGCUGAAUAGAUAUAUGCACGCAUAAGUUCCGCAUUUGACGCAAGGCUGCUCUUCAGUUUCCGGUUGGGGAGAUUUAAAGCGGAG